CUGGUGGUGCUUUGGAAUCCUCAGUCUUGCCGCGAGCACAACCAUAGUGAAGGUAGUGACGCGUUUUUUACCGAGAGUAUGGCGGAUACCGGCUUGCGCCGCGCGGUUCCCAGCGACCUUUAUCCGCUUGUGCUCGGCUUUCUGCGAGAUAACCAACUCUCGGAGGUGGCCAGUAAAUUUGCAAAAGCGACAGGCGCUACACAGCAAGACGCCAAUGCCUCUUCCCUCUUGGACAUCUAUAGCUUCUGGCUCAAGGCCACCAAAGCCCCAACGGUGAAAUUACAGUCAAAUGGACCAGUGAGCAAGAAGGCUAAGAAAGAGACUUCAUCCAGUGACAGCAGUGAGGACAGCAGUGAGGAAGAGGACAAAGCCCAAGGACUUCCCGCACAGAAGGCUGCUGCACCUGCCAAGCGAGCCAGUGUGCCUCAGCACGCUGGGAAGGCAGCAGCCAAAGCUUCAGAGAGCAGCAGCAGCAGCAGCAGCAGCAGCAGCAGCGAAGAAUCCAGUGAUGCAGAGGAGGAAGAGGACAAAAAGAAAAAGCCUGUCCAGCAGAAAGCAGGUAAGCCCCAAGCCAAGGCAGUCAGACUUCCUCCCAAGAAGGCAGAGAGCUCAGAGUCUGAGUCUGACUCAAGCUCGGAGGAUGAAGCCCUGCAGACGCAGUCGCAGAAGCCAAAGACAGCUGUGGCGGCUAAAACCCCAGCCAAACCAGGUACACAGCCUAAAGCAGCCAAUGGCAACGCAGCCAGCAGCCACAGCAGCCGCCGCCGCUCCAGCAGCAGCGGCAGCAGCAGCAGCAGCAACAGCAGCAGCGGCAGCAGCAGCGAUGAUGACUCGGAGGAAGAGAAAGCAGCCGCACCUCCCAAGAAGACUGCACCUAAAAAGCAAGUCGCAACCAAGGCACCAGUGAAAGGAGCUGCCACUCCUACCCAAAGGAGUUCUAGCAGUGAAGAGUCUUCCAGUGGAGAGGAAGAGGAACAGAAAAAACCCAUGAAGAAAAAAGCAGGUCCCUGCAGUUCAGUUCUGCCGCCUUCUGUUCCUUUACCAAAGAAGUCCUCCUUGGGAGCCCAGUCUCCAAAGAAAGCUGCUGCGCAGACACCACCUGCAGACAGCAGUGAAGACAGCAGUGAUGAGUCGGAUUCAAGUUCUGAGGAAGAGAAAAAACCUCCAGCUAAGGUGAUCAUCUCUAAGGCACCUGCCAAACCAGCUCCAGUGAAGAAGAAAGCGGAGAGCUCUUCAGACAGCUCAGAUUCUGACAGUUCUGAAGAUGAAGCUCCUGCCAAGCCAGUCAGCACCACCAAGAGUCCCUUAAGCAAGCCAGCUGUCACUCCCAAGGCAUCUGCAGCAAAGGCAGUGGCAACUCCUAAGCAACCUGCAGGCAGUGGCCAGAAACCUCAGAGCAGGAAGGCUGACAGCAGCUCCAGUGAGGAGGUCACCAAGAAAUGCGUGACAACCCCCAAGGCCAAGGUGACCACUAAAGCAGCACCUGCCAAACAGGCACCUCAGGCUGGUGGGGACAGCAGCUCUGACUCAGAUAGUUCCAGCAGUGAAGAGGAGAAGACACCUAAGCCCCCAGCUAAGAAGAAGGCAGCAGGUGGAGCGGUUUCCAAACCAGCCCCUGGGAAGAAAGCAGAGGCCAAGAGCAGCAGCAGCAGCAGCAACAGCAGCAGCAGCAGCAGCAGCAGCAGCAGCAGCAGCAGCAGCAGCAGCUCCUCCGAAGAUUCCAGCGAAGAAGAGAAAAAGAAGCCCAAGGGGAAGGCUACUCCUAAAUCACAGGCAAGCAAGGCCAAAGUCACUCCAGCUUCUCAGAAUACAAAAGCAGGCAAGGAAAGUGAGGGGGAGGAGGAGGAAGAAGAAGAAACAGAAGAGAAGAAAAAGGCAGCCGGGACCAAGCCAGGUUCAGGCAAGAAACGGAAGCAGAAGGAAACACCAGACAGAGCAGCAACUCCUCAAGCUAAGAAAGUUAAGAUCCAGAUCCCCAAUACGUUUCCAAAAAGGAAGACGGGAGAAAAAACGGCACCUCCCCCUUUCCGAAGGGUCAGGGAGGAGGAGAUUGAGAUGGACUCUCGAGUAGCAGACAAUUCCUUUGAUGCCAAGAGAAGUGCAGUUGGAGACUUGGCUGGGCGAGCCAAUCCGGUUCUGAAGUUCACCAAAGGCAAGUUCUUCCGGUAUGAAAAAAUGAAGAAGAAGCAGCGAGGCAGAGGCUCCAUCUCUGUCCAGGUCAAUUCCGUCAAGUUUGACAGCGAGUGACCUGUGGUCAUCUUUGGCAGAGGAAGGAUGAUGUUGGGAGGCUGGCACUCAACUCCAAUGGACCCAGAAACUCCGUGUGAAGAGAAUUGUGGCAAGGCGAGUUUGGAGCAGGUCCUGAGGCGUUCCAGUGCACAGUCCUGUCAUGCUCCUUCUUCUGGACAGGUUUGUUUUUGAGCAUUGAUUGUCAAGGACAAAAGGAUUUGUUUUUUUUUUUUUUUUAAGAAAUUCAUUUGGUUGUCAAUUGCCUUCCUGUUCUGUGGGUCUUCAUACUGAGAAAUUUGUAUAUUUUAUAUUAAGUCAUCUCAUACAGAUUUUUGUUGUGAUUUUUCAGAGAUGAGUUCCACAGAUUAAAAUCGUACCUAUUGCCUAAUGCAAAGCAAAAUGUCAUGUGGUAAUAAUUUUCCAUACUGGAGGAUUCUAUUUAUGUGAGUGCACAGACUCACAUUUGAUCCCUCCUUCCUUCAAGUGACAUCGAUGUAAGUCUUGUGAUAUUUGUCUGCUAAGCAUGCCCUGUGCUCAUCUUCAUCCAGUGGGCCUGACACCGAAGCGUCCAGAAGCCAGCGCGCAUCUACCAACUUUGGGGGAUCAAAUUGCAGUUCAUGGUACAGUAUCCUACUAAAUUGGCAGGCAGGAUUCUCAUGUUUGAUUGUCAUGCAACUGUCUUCGUUUUGUUCUCAGUAGCUAUUACUGCUACGUGUUUACAGUACUUUUUAGUUGAUUUCAGAGUAAACUUUUCUGACAUUGAGAGGCAUUUGCAGUAACUUGACUGUUACUUGACUGUUGUAUAUUAUGUUCCUGAAUGUAUUUGAUUCUUUUUUUUUUUUUUACCAC